AAAAAGCGAGCUCACCGAGCUACAUCGAACGUGUUCGCUAUGUUCGAUCAGAACCAAAUUCAAGAAUUCAAGGAGGCGUUUAACAUGAUAGAUCAAAACCACGAUGGUUUCGUCGAUAAAGAAGACCUACAUGACAUGCUGGCUUCCUUGGGUAAAGACCCAACUGAUGAUUACCUGGAGGAAAUGAUAAAGAUGUCUCCCGGACCAAUCAACUUCACAAUGUUUCUAACAUUGUUUGGCGAGAAAUUGAACGGGACAGAUCCUGAAGAUGUAAUCAACAAUGCGUUUGCCUGUUUCGACGAAGGAGGGAACGGUAAAAUACAUGAAGAUUUUCUUAAAGAGGCUCUAGUUACGAUGGGAGAUAGAUUCACUGAAGAUCAAGUUGAUGAUGUCCUUCGUGACGCGCCUAUUGACAAAGAUGGCUACUUAGACUACAACCAAUUCACUCAUAUUUUGAAGCAUGGGAAAAAGGAGGACGACUAGGGUAACGAUGAGAACUAUAGUUGUCUUCGCUUAGCUCUGAAAAGUCUUUUCCUAACUUAGAUUUAAAAUGGACCUGAAAUUAGUCUUCAUAAAGUGUAUAAUCUUGAUUUUGCUGGGUGUUUAGCGCACAUUUGACACAUCAUUGUCAUCAUCAUCAUCUUCAUCUAAUGAUCAAUGGUGAUCUAGAUAAGCCUGUAAAGCAUCACAUAUGUAAUGCAGAUUUUAUAUCCUUAUCUUUAAUUUACCUCAAAAACCAUUGAGGUGAACAAAGAAGUCAAAGUUAUAUUUUACCAUAAUUUCUCUUCAUACACGCUAUACUAUUUUUUCGGAAAAAAGAAAAAAAGAACCAAUAUUGGGGGUGUGGCUUAGAUGCAGGCACCAGCAUUUUGACUUCUCUUUUACCGUUUAAACCCUAGGAGUGGUCAGAAUGAAACUCCUCCUUGUAGUAUAAUUAUAAAACAGAUUGGUGAUGAGCAUUACAGACAUGAUCACACAAGAUGAAUUCAAUAAUUGAUACUUUCACAACUUCCACCCACUACUUCUUUAGGAAAUGCAUACAGACAACAAUGAGAAUUUGAAAUUUUGAUAUUUGGGUUUAAAGGGUUAACAUCCAUAUAGGAAUUAUCAAACACUGAGAGUGGAAAGGAAAUGAAAAAGAUCUGACUGAAAUUUACUUGAUAAAUUAUUGUCUCAUUGGAGUAAUUUGGUAUAUGUCAUAGUAAAUUGACACCUUAUGGUUGUGCAUAGGAAUUAUUUACCUCAUUAUCUCAUUUUUACUGCUACCAGUGUCAGUUACAUUGUUGCCAAAUUGAAAUUUGUAUUCUAUGCUGCUAGCUUUUAGGGUGGUUAGUGUUACUUGCUGCUUGGUUGACUAAAGUAACCAGAUUAGUGUAUUAGUACCGGUAUAUAUCAAACACAAGUUAGAGUGUUUUGUCAGGGUGUUCAAAUGCAGAGGUGGACUGAAAAAGAGUUUUACAGCCACAUUUUUUGUAUGGUUUAUGACUUUUCCAUCAUCGUGAUUUGUUACAUUGUUUUUGUUUUGAAAUAGUUGUGAUGUUGUAAAAAUAGGACACUCCAAAAUUAAUGGUGCAGGUGAUACCCAUGUGAAAGCAGCAAGGAUGCUUUUCAGAAAGUUGGAAUUAAUCCUCUGAAGGGGACCAAUAGAUAUAUGAUUUAUUUGACACCUCCCCUUGAGAAGUAACAAAAACAGAAGUAAUCUACUUGUGUUAAAGAACUUGUCGUUGAUUACCUUUUUCUUUCUUCUCUCUGGUUUUCGUUUUUGUCUCUUUUUCCCCGUACAACCCUUAAGCAAUACCUUCAUGGGUGUAAGUUUAGUUGUUUGAUCAUCUUGAACACACUAAGUGAACCUAACUUGAGCAUCCCCAUGCUUUCAUAUGUGAGUCCCGCCUUAACACUUCAUGAAUUACUGUUGUUUAUGGGUUUGUCUUUAGUAUGAAUUUCAGUCAUCUCUGCAAGUCUGAAACUCCCUUAGAGUCAAGCAAAUGGCUGAAAUUAAGGCUGAAUUUGUCUUGUCAUUUUCACUAAAUUUUAUAAAUCUGAAGCUGUUUGUAAUUAAUGUGGAGGGUUAAUUAGUAUUUAAAUCAUACUUUGGCAUUGCAUCUUGGUGGUUAUUAAAGAUUUUCAGGUUUUUAAGGGUUUAUCUGGAGAAACGGAUGUUUUUGCAGGCUAUGGUCAUGUUAACUAAAACUGGAUUUGCAUUUAUCUUCUUUCGAAUGACUCAGCCUUUGGAACCAACUGGCUUGAAAUACAGGAAAUGUUGCCAUGGAAAUAUGGCAUUUUCACAGGUAAAUUAUAACUUAACGCUGAGACUUUGCACCAAAAUUAAGGACUAAUUAUUUGUCAGUCAUGAUAUUAAUAAAUAACCAUGUUACAGUGGAACCUUCAUAUAACGCACCUCCGUAUAACAAAGUCCUCAGUAUAAUGAAUGAUUUUCUUUACCCCAAUUAUUGUAAAAAUUAUUAUAUGCAAAAGCACCUUGGUAUAAUGAAACCUCAUUGUAGCAAACAAAUUUUGCUAACCCCUUGGCACUUUGUUAUAUUGAGGUUUUGCUGUGGUCAAAAUGGUUUUAUCACCGUAAUAACACAGCGACAGCAUGACAAGCAAUUAAUAAGAGAUGACUAGUGUCAAUACAUAUUAAAUGUAUACUGAAAUUUAUACUGAACAUCUCUUUAUACUAAACUAACCAAUUCAAUGCAUCUUAUUGCAAAAGAAGUUACACUAGCACAUUUUUAUAAACCUUUUAGAUAUUCUGCAUGAUUCAAAACAAUCAAAACUAAACUGUAAGCUCAUCAAUAAUCAGAAAAACCAGGGGGAACCACCAGUACGACAUACGUGUAGUUUGGAUUGUAGUUGCAGGUACUCAAAUGUAAAUUUUUGUGCAACUGUUAAAUUGUAGCUUACUCCAAAAUAAGCUACAUUGGUUCUUGAAAAAGUACCAGACCAGCAGUAAUAUUGAACAGCGAAAUAAUAAGUUAAUCAAACAUAAAUACUACGACAAUCACAAUUUAUACACUAAAUUAACAACCGUUUUUCGGGACAAAUUAACUUGAUCAAUCUAAACAUACCUUCUUUUACAUUAAAUAAAUUACUAUUUUAAACCAACAGCUGAUACAAAAGCCAAAUCAGAUUUCCCAGUCAAGACAAAAUUGAUCGAAAAAAUAGGCGGUAAAUUAAACACUACGAAUUUGUAAUCUUACCAAAUUAUGGAACAUAUUUGUAAGGGUCCAUGCUGUCGGGGUAUCGAAAAAAGGCACGCUCAAAAUAACCAAAUGGCCGAUUAUAAUGAGCAAUACAUAGGUAAACCACGUUCCCUUGCUUUCCAGCCAGGAUUCGUUCGGAUUGUUGAUGCUGAGACCUCUCUCAGCUUUCAUUUUCCGUGUUAAUUCGCUAAAUCUUGGAGUCACUAAACUUUUAACAAAUUUCUUUUUACGUACUAAAGUUAAUUGUGACGCAUACAAUAUACGUAAAACCGCUGUUUUGUUUGAUCUGUGUGUCAUGUGACCUACGCGUCAUGUAAGCAUUUGCAUAUUUCAAGGUUGCGUUUCGCACACUUUCGUCUUGCAAAUAUUAUAUCCGAUAAGGCGUUUCAGAUCUUUCUUGUGCAGUUGCUUUAUCCAGUUUGCUGUAGUGCAAGUUGAAGACCAAGAUGGCUGCCAGGGCAAAGACCAAGAAGACAACAAAAAAGCGAGCUCACCGAGCUACAUCGAACGUGUUCGCUAUGUUCGAUCAGAACCAAAUUCAAGAAUUCAAGGAGGCGUUUAACAUGAUAGAUCAAAACCACGAUGGUUUCGUCGAUAAAGAAGACCUACAUGACAUGCUGGCUUCCUUGGGUAAAGACCCAACUGAUGAUUACCUGGAGGAAAUGAUAAAGAUGUCUCCCGGACCAAUCAACUUCACAAUGUUUCUAACAUUGUUUGGCGAGAAAUUGAACGGGACAGAUCCUGAAGAUGUAAUCAACAAUGCGUUUGCCUGUUUCGACGAAGGAGGGAACGGUAAAAUACAUGAAGAUUUUCUUAAAGAGGCUCUAGUUACGAUGGGAGAUAGAUUCACUGAAGAUCAAGUUGAUGAUGUCCUUCGUGACGCGCCUAUUGACAAAGAUGGCUACUUAGACUACAACCAAUUCACUCAUAUUUUGAAGCAUGGGAAAAAGGAGGACGACUAGGGUAACGAUGAGAACUAUAGUUGUCUUCGCUUAGCUCUGAAAAGUCUUUUCCUAACUUAGAUUUAAAAUGGACCUGAAAUUAGUCUUCAUAAAGUGUAUAAUCUUGAUUUUGCUGGGUGUUUAGCGCACAUUUGACACAUCAUUGUCAUCAUCAUCAUCUUCAUCUAAUGAUCAAUGGUGAUCUAGAUAAGCCUGUAAAGCAUCACAUAUGUAAUGCAGAUUUUAUAUCCUUAUCUUUAAUUUACCUCAAAAACCAUUGAGGUGAACAAAGAAGUCAAAGUUAUAUUUUACCAUAAUUUCUCUUCAUACACGCUAUACUAUUUUUUCGGAAAAAAGAAAAAAAGAACCAAUAUUGGGGGUGUGGCUUAGAUGCAGGCACCAGCAUUUUGACUUCUCUUUUACCGUUUAAACCCUAGGAGUGGUCAGAAUGAAACUCCUCCUUGUAGUAUAAUUAUAAAACAGAUUGGUGAUGAGCAUUACAGACAUGAUCACACAAGAUGAAUUCAAUAAUUGAUACUUUCACAACUUCCACCCACUACUUCUUUAGGAAAUGCAUACAGACAACAAUGAGAAUUUGAAAUUUUGAUAUUUGGGUUUAAAGGGUUAACAUCCAUAUAGGAAUUAUUCAAACACUGAGAGUGGAAAGGAAAUGAAAAAGAUCUGACUGAAAUUUACUUGAUAAAUUAUUGUGUCUCAUUGGAGUAAUUUGGCAUAUGUCACAGUAAAUUGACACCUUAUGGUUGUGCAUAGGAAUUAUUUACCUCAUUAUCUCAUUUUUAAGAGCGAAGCUUUCAGCUGCAGCGAUAAUAACAUGCUUGCUACCAGUGUCAAUUACAUUGUUGCCAAAUUAAAACUAAUUGAAUUCUAUUAUGCUGCUAGCUUUCAGGUUGGUUAGUGUUGUUUGCUGCUUGGUUGACUUAAGUAACCAGAUUAGUGUAUUAGUAUAAAUCAAACACAAGUUAGAGUGUUUUGUCAGGGUGUCCAAACACAGAGAUGGACUGAAAAAGAGAUUUUCAGCCACAUUUUUUGUCUGGCUUAUGACUUUUCCGUCAGCGUGAUUUGUUACAUUGUUUUUGUUUUGAAAUGGUUUUGUUGUAAAAAUAGCACACUCCCAAAUUAAUGGUGCAGGUGAUACCCAUGUGAAAGCAGCAAGGAUGCUUUUCAGAAAGUUGGAAUUAAUCCUCUGAAGGGCACCAAUAGAUAUAUGAUUUAUUUGACACCUCCCCUUGAGAAGUAACAAAAACAGAAGUAAUCUACUUGUGUUAAAGAAUUUGUCGUUGAUUACCUUUUUCUUUCUUCUCUUUGGUUUUCGUUUUUGUCUCUUUUUCCUCUUACAAUCCUUAAGCAAUACCUUCAUCGGUAUAAGUAUAGUUGUUUGAUCAUCUUGAAUACACUAAGUGAACCUAACUUGAGCAUCCUCAUGCUUUCAUAUGUGAGUCCCACCUUAACACUUCAUGAAUUUCUGUUGUUCAUGGGUUUGUCUUUAGUAUGAAUUUCAGUCAUCUCUGCAAGUCUGAAACUCCUUUAGAGUCAAGCAAAUGGCUGAAAUUAAGGCUGAAUUUGUCUCGUCAUUUUCACUAAAUUUUAUAAAUCUGAAGCUGUUUGUAAUUAAUGUGGAGGGUUAAUUAGUAUUUAAAUCAUACUUUGGCAUUGCAUCUUGGUGGUUAUUAAAGAUUUUCAGGUUUUUAAGGGUUUAUCAUCAUUGUCAUUUGUUUUCUGUUGCUGUCUCAAGAAAAUCCGUGUACGGUGUUUUUUGUUGACUGAUUUCUUUAAGUUAGUUAGAAUUUAUCAUGGUGCCAUGUUAUACCAUCAAAAGAACAUUUUUGCCUAGUAAGAAAACUAAGAAAAUUAUUUACUCACUGCUUACUUGCAGGCUAUCACCUGAAUCAUGGAAGGGAGCUGAAGUCUUUUAUGAGUCAAGUAACUGCCUAAUGAACAUUCUCUCUAACUCUAAACAGAGGAUGGGUGCUUUGAUUAAAUUAUAGAAGUGUGACUGUACCUCUUUUAAAAUGAUUGAUACAUUGAUACCAAUAACCCCCGCUUUGUUUAGGAUCAAUAAGUUUUCUAUUGUUUGCAAGUUUUUAGGAAACUUGCCUGAAGAAUAAUCAUCAUUUGACAUGACUGUACUAGCUUGUAACAUGUUAUAAGAAAGGAAAGUCGGUAUUCUGUCCUUUUUUUUAACCAGAAGAACAUUUUAGUUUCGUCGACUGGGUAGUUGAACCGGAUGUAGACUAGGCGAGGUUUGCAAACCUAAACUUCCGGUGUCUUCGCUGACGUAAGCACUAGGAAGCCUGGACACGAUAACAAUAUUAGAGGUCGUGUUUCAAAUGUUAGGGAGCAGCACACAAGGUUUUUUCUGGUUUCUAUUUUGCCUUUGCUGUUAACUGGAUCGUGAUUCCCCGAGCCACAUCAUAAGAUGGCUUCGCGAAAAACGAAGAAGUCGAGUAAAAAGAGGGCUCACAGAGCCACCUCGAACGUUUUUGCUAUGUUCGAUCAGAACCAAAUUCAAGAAUUCAAAGAGGCCUUCAACAUGAUCGAUCAAAAUAGCGACGGUUUCGUUGAUAAAGAAGACCUGCAUGACAUGCUGGCUUCCUUGGGUAAAGACCCAACUGAUGAAUACUUGGAGGAAAUGGUGAAGAUGUCACCUGGACCGAUCAACUUCACAAUGUUUCUGACAUUGUUUGGCGAGAAAUUGAACGGGACAGAUCCUGAAGAUGUAAUCAACAAUGCGUUUGCCUGUUUUGACGAAGAUGGCAACGGUAAAAUACAUGAAGAUUUUCUUAAAGAGGCUCUAGUUACGAUGGGAGAU